AUGUCGAGCGAAUUUCAGACCCCACCACUGCGCGUGAGCAGACCAGUGAGCGCUUGUUCUGCGUGCCGGAGAGCAAAAAUCAAGUGUGACGGGAAGCUGCCGGCCUGUUCCGCGUGCGAAAAACAUGGAAAAUCAGCUGAAUGCUCGAGUAGCAGUGAUCAGUUUGCGCGAGGGAAGGAGCGGAGUUAUGUCGCCUCGCUCGAAGCUAAAAUCGAACGGCUUGAACAGAAGAAGGCUCAGUUGACCGGAAAGCCAUUCCGGCCCUCUAACCAGGUAGAUCACUUUACAAGUGGCGGCGGCGGGACAGAUGGAGAUGGAAUCUCAGCGGGCACGACGGGAAUGGUUGGGUCAGCCAGAAAGCGAGCAGAGGGGGCCCAAGUCGAAGAGCUGAUAUCAGAUUUGGGGUUUAUAACCGUCAAUGCUACAAGUAAAGGACUAUACGAUUUCACCGAAGACAUGUCUUUCUCUAAGCUCGUACUGCGGGCGGCCUCUUUACAGCAGGAUAUCGUCCCAUCUCUCACGCCUUGUCCCCUACCAGACCGCCAUACUGCCUUAAGCCUCAUACAGCACUAUCUCGAUUCCAUAUUUUCUCAUUAUCCAUUUUUCGACGAAACCUCUUUAUUUAUGUCUGUCAAUGCCGUCUUCAGGGAUGAAGCUACCGCCUCAUCCCGAGAUUUAUACAUCUGCUAUAUGGUUUUAGCAAUUUCCACAGUAUCGAUGUCGAAAGGAACGGAUGCAACCGCCAAGCUAAGAGCUGCUGGAUACGUGACCACUGCUGUUGGGCAUUCUCGUCAGAUAUUAGUUCCUUACUCAACCAUUGGAAUACAGGCGACACUAUUGAUGAUACAAUAUGCUCUCCUUGAACCUAGUACUUACAAUCCCUGGUACUUGAUUGGAGUCGCCGUGCGAAUUUUGAUCGAUCUGGGACUUCAUCAAGAUCUACAAAAAUCCUCCAAACAAACGGCGAACGAAGCCGAGCUCCGCAGGAGGAUAUUCUACUCAGUUUAUACUUAUGAUAGAUAUAUUAGUAUGACAUAUGAACGGCCGUAUUCGUUCUCUGAUGACGCUAUUAACGUGCGGCUGCCUCAUCCCGAAGGGGUUGCUACGAAGAUUGCCAACUGGAGCGGGCAACCGAUAUCUCUCACUCUUGCUAUGGAACUAUUCAAGUUCAGCAAGAUAAAUUCCCAAUGGUAUCAGUAUCUGUGGUUCUCGGAACGCGUGAAGCUGAGUACGCCACGGGACUAUUGCGAUGCUCGGCGACAGGACUUGAGGGACUGGCUAAACAACCUCCCUUCUUCAAUCGAGCCUACACAAAUGGAAAUGCUGAAACUGGAAUACUUUUAUAUGCGAAUAUAUCUGGACCUUCCAAACCCUCGUGUGCACGAUCUUAGCGAAUCUAUUAGGGUUGCAAUCGUCGAAAACACUUUUGAAUACGUCAGGCUCUUCCAGAAGUUACUCUUGGAAGGUGGUCCGCGAUUCCACUAUACCUAUUGCGAUGCAAUCAGAGCCUACAGUUUGGGACAAAAGCUCAUAGAUAUCCUGAAUUGGCCAGGAAAUACAUUCUUAUCUAGUUCCGCAGGCUAUAAAGCGAAGACAGCAUUACUGGGUAUCCGGACUCUGUUAGAUAUGCUAGGACAGCGGUGGACUGAGAUUGAGAAGUUUAAAGAGAGGUUUUACCGAGACUCGGAGCCACUGGUUGCCCAACUCCGAGACUUGGGAGAAGCAUAUGUUUCACCCCACCAAAGCCCGCAGGCGAUGCUCAGAGGAUUAGAAGACAGCGUGGCGCGUGAAAGGUCGCCCCAAUGGGUUCAUCAAGGGGGCAUGCCAGGUUAUUAA